AUGAGUGACUGGCGGACAUUGAUACUGACAGUGCGCAUGUGGUGUGCAGAAACGCUAGUGCUCACGAGCUGGGCGCACGACAGGGAUGGCAUGCCUUUUGCCUCCCGGACGUUCGUGACAUGUGCGAAGGCUGCACUCAAGCCGAAGAAGGCAGGGCUGGUGAUGACACUGAAGGUGUACCACUUGGCCUGGUUGGAGCAUGUGGUCUCCGACUGCGUCCUCUACUGGGAGGAUAGGGAAGGCCGGCUUUCCAACUCUGCAGGCGGGGACGCCCACGUUGUGGACGGGCUCAAGGUCCUGGUGAAGGAGGCCGUGGAGAGGGCCAUCCGGAUCCGCAACCCCGAGUAUGACGCGGAGCGCGAGGCGUGGAUAUGGGGGCGCCAUGGACUGCGCAUCUCUGCGUGCGGCCUGGAGCACAUGAAGCCCACGGCCGCAGCUCAGUCCGAAGACCUCGUUGGGGAUGACGACCUUUCGGCGUCAGUUGGUGCUGAGUAG